AUGGCGCCCUCGACUUUCGCCUCGGCAGCUGCAGGGAACAACGCGAAUUCUUCGCGCACAGACUCAGACUGGGCCCGACGUGCCAAUGGUGCAACGCAAACAUUUCGCCGCUCGUCUCAUGCUACUUCAUUCUCGACGUCGUCAGCGUCACGCGAUCAAGCUGGAAAUCCUGCCCCCUCGAAUCCUGGUGUAUACGUCCCGCCACAUGUGCAUUCGAAUCGGAACAGUGGAGGCUACUCGAAUGAUACUCGUUACGGCAAGGAUCACCUACUUGAAAUUUUUCGCGCACAGAAAGAAGGAGACCAUCUCAGUAAUGGACUUUCCACUCUGUUUGUGCCAGGUUGGCAACCGAGUAUUGCGAACGGAGCCUCUACCGCUAGCUGGGGUCGGCGAGAGGAGCACGACCGUCAGAACCAACCUGGAGCAGACAUCUGCUGGGAUCGUGAUGGCACGGUAAACCCUAUGGGCUUGUCAGAGCCCACUGACGAGGAAAGAGAGAUAUUCAAUUCCUCUGUCAAUUCGCCCCUCAAACCUCCAACACAGACUGCUACUAAAGAUGGCAACUCGAAGGACAAUCUCAACUUGCGCAAAACUUCGAUUUCUCAUCAAGCCCUCAAUAGCCCGGGUGCGUUUGGUCUAUCCUCACCAACAGGAUCGCGCUCUACUAGACGCCGAGACACCAGUGAUGCGUAUCCAUUCCCGAAUCCUGUCACGUCUCCUAGCACCUCUAGAUUUCCCCGCGAAGAGACCUCCAGCGCAGUAACGCCACCACCCUCGCUUAUUCGCAGACGAACAGACCUUAAGGAUCCUCCAUCAUCUGAGGAUAAGGAUAAGGAGAAGUCGAGGGACGCUGAUGCACCCAACCCAUUCGGAAGUCUCAAGCGCACGACGACCGCGCCAUUUGCGGGUGCAAUUGGGUCACCAACAUCCCCCUGGUCCGCCGGUCCCCAGAGCGCUGGCUUCGGUGUUUUCGGAAAUUUCGCAAUCGGAACGGGCGGUCAGGUCGGACCUACCAAUGACAAAAGGCUAGGCUUUGGUAGCUUGAAGGGCGAGAGUAGAUUCAAAGGUCUCAUGGCAAAGGACAGCGCAGAGGACAUCAGUAGAUCGAUGAAGGAGAAAGGCUCAUCAGGUACGCUAGCGAGGGCACCGGAAACGGAGAGCUCACGCGAUAUCACCUCCUGGUUGGAUUCCAGAUCUAAGCGUACACCUGCAGACACCGAAGAGGACCUAGUAGAAGAUGAUCUGCUUUCAGGAAGCGCUGCUCUAGGCGGCCAGGAUGCCAGUCCCCCGCGCCGCCAAACCACAGGAUUCGGAACACCCAGCAAGCCUGAUACACGAGAUGAUGGAUUUUCUGCCUUUGGAAUGACUUCUGAUAAUACAGGGGUCCCAACAUCCUUCGUCAAUCGUGAGAACUAUCAGCAGCAGACACCUCAAUCGCGUCUGCGCGGCGCACAACAAGAGCCUUUAAGCAGUCCGACAACCACCAAUCCUUACCAUAGUCCAGAAAAUGACAGGACGGGCGGAGAUCACCACGACGCCGAAGGCUCCGACGAUCAUAAUACGCAUCUGCCUGGUCUGGGCGGAUUUGAUUCUAGAUCAGGCCAGUCGGGUCUUCUUGAUCAUUCUGGCGUCCUACGUGGUGGUGGUGCGCCAUAUCAACAACAUGAUACAGCAGCAAGCGAUCGGAGUCAGACGUCUAGUGUUGGGGCCAAUCGAGGCAUACCAGAUUUGGGCAGUACCAGCCUUGCAGGACUCGGAGGUGGUCUUCCCGGCCUUGGAGGGCCCGGGCUACCCUCGUGGCCUAUAGGCACAGCUGGAGUUCCGUCUGGGAGAGACAGAUUGGCCUUUGGGGCAUUUGGAGACCCAAUGUUCGGAUCUGGAGGUGACCUCCAUUCUCCUAGCAUCGCUGGACUAGGCCCAAGUAAUGGCUUUGGUCCAGGCAGUGGCACUAUCGGACGUAGCAGCAAGAUGGGUUCUCUGUUCCCGGCUGCGAUGCAAGAACAGAUGCGAACUGGAGACCACAACCGGCACGGCGACGACGUUCAGUAUGAGGCUGGUGAGCGAGCUCCCAUUGGCCAGAGUGCUUACGCUAGGAAUGCUUUUGGUGCCCCUGGAUCGGGUCAUCCUGCACGUGAUUCUGAGAGUCCUUUCCGCGGCGGACGGAGCAAUAUGGAGGAAUUCGAUAACAAUCAUCGCAAUUCUCGUGACAGUGGAUCUUUAUCUGAUACUGCUAACACUCCAUUUGGCAUUUCAUCUGCACAGCAGAACCCUCAACUAGCCACUCAAGGCAGUGCAAGCCAGCUACGAAAUGCGCAGUCUCAAAAUCAAGGCGUGAGUAGCUCAGCAUCAAAUCAGCCCCCCGCUGCGCAGCAAAGGACUAUGGUCAUGCCCGACAGAAUGAGAUGGAUCUACAGAGAUCCCCAAGGUGCCACUCAAGGACCGUGGUCUGGUCUCGAAAUGCACGACUGGUACAAGGCUGGAUUCUUCUCUCCUGAGCUCCUGGUCAAGAAAGCUGAGGAUCCCGAAUAUGAGCCCCUGGCGCAGCUCAUUCGCCGAAUUGGAAACUCUCGUGAGCCUUUCUUGGUCCCCCAGAUUGGUAUACCUCACGGCCCUGCGCCGGCACAAUCCAGUACCAACCAGUGGCCGGGCACUGGUACUGCCCCGGGUACUCAACCUCCUUUCGCGAACAGCUUCCCUAGCUUUGGCACGACCCUGACAGCAGAACAGCAGAACGCACUUGAGCGCAGGAAGCAAGAGGAACAAUGGCUCAUGGCCCGUCAGAAAGAGCACCUCGCCCAACAACAGGUCAUCGGCAAAUCAUCAAUUCCAGGACUCAACCAGCAUGGAAUACUUACUCAACAAUUACAUCAUCAUUCCAGUGCUCACAGUCUCCAUAGUCAGCCUAGUUUUGGUAGUAUCACAUCACCAGGCGGUUAUCAACCCUCGCCUACCCAAGGCGCUGUGCCUGGAUCACAAGGCGUUCCGGGAUUCUUUGACAAUUCAUUCAGAACCCCAUCUCAAAUGCCGUCUAUUGGCGUUUCUGGUGCACAGAUGGACAUGCUGGGUAACAUCAGAGAGGAGCAAUUACCAGGCAUGAUGGAUCGCCUGAACUUACGUACGAAUCAGCCUGGGUUUGGUGGUGUACCAGCGCCCUAUGGAAAUCAGCAACAACCCGACUCUAAUAAUCAUGAGCAGGUCGCCGCCAUGCUUAAUGACCGCUCGAGGUUACAGCGCGAACAAGCCGAACACGAUGCGAAGCACCAAAACCUAAGUCAGCACGAUCAGGACGCAAUUGCUCAAGCAUCUGCUGAGCGCCUGCGUCAGUUUUAUGACCUUCAGUCGCAGUCGGAAGCAGACCAGGGUGCACCUGCUUCUGAGGCAGCUGGUAGCGUCAUUGGCAAGACUUCGGGGUCCUCCGCAGAUAGCGAGUCCGAGGAGGAAGGUUUAUACCGGGAAGAUGAGGAGGCGCCCGCUACAGAUGAUGCAUACAAAUCCAAGACUGAGCCACUAUCUUUGACCGAGCAAGUUCAGAAGACUGCAUCGGCCAAGCAAACACCAGUACAGCAAUCACCGUGGGCAAAAAUUGAUACCUCAAUGCCACAUCCGUUUCCGCCACCAGUCUCACAGUCACCGCUGCCUGCUCCAUCUGCUCAGCGAAAACAAAAUUUAGCCGAUGCCCUGACUGCCGAGACUCGAUCGCAGACGGCGACACCCUCUGUAGAGACUCCCAGCGCAUCUAUCGCACCUUGGGCGAAAGAGCCUGCAGAGGCUCCCAAGGGUCCGUCGUUGAGGGAGAUUCAGGAAGCAGAGGCCAAGCAAGCAGCGCAAAAAGAGGAAUUGGCGGCGAAUACGCGUCGGAUUCAACAGGAGAGGGAACUACAAGCCCUGACGAAUGCUCCAGCUCCAGCUCCAGGGCUUCCAUCUAGUUCUACGUGGGCAAGUGGUGCAUCACCACUAACACCAAGCUCGGCGACAGCUGCUUCCCCUUGGGCAAAGACGGUGCCGACCAAGACACCAGCUCAAAUUGCAGCAGCAGCCAAGAAGACACUUGCGCAAAUACAAAAAGAGGAGGAGGCUCGUAAGUUGCGCACCGCUACAACUCUCCCCAACACGGUGUCUGCAUCGGCUGCUCCACUCGCCUCUGGCAAACGCUAUGCCGACCUUGCCAGCAAGCAAGCUGGCAUGCCUCCCAAUGUGGGCGGUAGCGUGUGGACUACGGUUGGCGCUAGCGGAAAAACGAAGACUCCCGUCACGUCUACUCCGAGCGGGCCUGCUUCCGUGCUGAGAACGGCUUCUGCUUCCAUCGUGCCGGGAACUAGCCCGAAGCCGAAGCCUGCAAGCAGCACGGCAAAUGCUGGAAGAAGCAUGACUACUGGAGGACCUAUUGCUAGCACUGCGCAUGCUUUAGAAGAGGUCAGGAAGUGGGCAAUCGCAGAGCUCAAGAAGGAUCUUGAAGCUGUCCCGGCUGGCGAACUCGUGGCCACUCUUCCAUUCCUCCCGAUGGAGGUGGAUUUUAUCACAGAGACAGUGCACUCAGUUAGCAAGACGAUCGAUUCUCGUCACUUUGCCGAGGAGUAUCUCAAGCGGUACAAGCUUGCGCAGAAGGGCAUCAUUGAGUCUUCUUCACCUUCCAACGAAAGUAAAAGUGCAGAAUCAGGUAAAGGUGGAUGGAGUGAGGUCGCGAAGAAGGGUGGAAGUGCUGCACCUGCGAAGGAAGAGCCAGCAGUCAAUUUCAAGGUUGUGGCGUCCAAGAAAAAGGGCACAAAGCGUUGA